CCUUAUCGGGAAGUGUUUGAUUGUUUCAUUGAGGACUUCAAAACAUACAAGCAAUUGCUGACAGCCAUAAAAAAUGAAUACGAAUCCACUCUGGGAAUGAUAUUAUGAAAUAGUCACCAUUGGUGCUUGCUGGUGGCGCUGUCCUUGUUCAUUUGAAACAUUAUCAUCACACUGCUCAUCUCAGCAUACAUGCAAGACCAGAUCCGCGAGCUUGAGCCCCUGAGGACUCAACUGGUGCUGGUGUCGGAGCAGUGUGAGAGGCGCAUCUUGGCCCUGAGGCAGGAGGAGAGGGCUGAGACCAAGGCUCUGAAAGAGGACAAGAAGCGUCUGCACAGGAUUAUUGAGGACAUGAGAGAGAAACAGAGUGCUCUGGACGCCCAGGUGUGUCGCCUGCAAGAGGAUCUGGCUGCCCAGUAUCUGGCAUACAGGGACGAACAUGAUGCUCGCAAACUGCUUAUAGCUAACAUCAGCAGUAUGAGUUAUGCUACUACAGAGGAGGAGGCAGAUGAUGACAUGCAGGUGGCAGAGUCCGAAGAUCCAGUAAAGCUGAAAUUAGCACUAAAAGUGUGCAGAGAGGAUCUGACCAAGGCCCAGGUGGAGCUGAACCGCUUACGUGCUGAGUAUGGAGAUGUUGUCCCACGCAGGGACUGGGAAAGUCUGGAUCGAUGUCAUCAGGAGAAUGUUCAGAAGCUUGAGACCCUGCAAACAGACUUUGAUCAAAUGAAGACCGAAUAUAACACACUGCUGGAAGUGCAUAAACAGGUCUUAUCAGAAAGAGACAAUUUCAAAGCAGAUCUUGAGGUUUUCCAAGGAUCAUCCACCCCAAGGCCUGACUGGGAAUGCUGUGCAGAGAUACUUGGGGGAAGCGAACGCUGGACAGGACUCUUUGAAGGCCAAUCAAGCCAGCAGCGACUCGUGGUUUUACUUGAGAAUCUUGCAGAAAAGGCCUCUAAAGAGUUCUUUCAAGGACGGGGCACUGGAAGCGAUGUACCUGUUUUCCUGCAGUACGAGGGUCAGUUGAAGAACGUCCGACUGAAGAAAGCGGAUGUUGUGAGCAUAAUUAAAGAGGUCAUGAAAGAGAAAGAUGCUGCAGAUGUGGAGCUAGGAAUGUGCAGUGAUCUUCCAGAAUUUCUGCAUCAGUAUUUGGAAAGACAGCAUGGGGAUCAUGCUGGAGACUGGGCAUAUAGCUUGAUGGAGACUAUUCAUCGUCACCUAAAGGAUGAACUCAUCAGUCUCUUCAAUGACAUUCUCUCAGGAGAGGUAGAUGAAAGUCUGUACCAUGGACAGAUUCACCUGGUUACUCAUUUACUAAAGAUGCUGAUUCAAAGUGACACGGCUGAGAGUGGGAUACUCACUGUUUCUGAGUUUAGGGAAGCCUUGAGGAAAGCUUUUCCCCUGAAGAAUGAAAAUUAUCUAGACGGGCUGGUGAAUACUGCUCAAGCUGACCUUGACAACACUGAAGGAAGCGUUGUUUAUCAGAAACUUUUCAUUGAGGAUUCAGAUGGGAAGAACAGGAGCUUUCUGAGUCUGUUGAAACAGCAGGCCACCACUGAGAGACAUCACUACAUAAACCAACUACAGACACAGUUGGAAGGAAAACGAGAGGUGGAUGUGGCAGAACUGAAGACAGGUUUCAAAGCGAUUGAUCCAUCAAUUGAUUCUAAAGCACUGGAUAAGCACGUGUGCUUUGCGUUCAUGGCGAAAAUAGAGAACCUGAACCAAGCACGACCUAUUGACACCGAGAUUGCCCUGCAGCGCCUCUUGGCGGCUGAUGUGAACAGAGUUGGUCCUCCACCUUCAAACUUAAAUUAAUUGUCCCGUUUUUAAUGUAUGAAUAAUGGUGAAAGAUUAAAGGCUUAGUCAAAAAUG